AUGGUGCAAAUAUGGUGGGAAACAAUUUCAAAAUAUACAGAAACACUGACAUUAAAAAAAGUCUGUGAGACACGUUGGGAAAGUAGAGUUUCAAGUCUUAAAGCUGUCAAGUAUCAAUAUACUGAAAUCAGAGAUGCACUACCAGAACAACACGAGGAAAGUACUGAUCCAGAAGCAGCUUCAGAAGCCAGAUCUCUCGCCGAACAUAUGAAUCAAUACGAAUUUUUGCUCGUUCUUGUGAUUUGGUAUGAUUUUCUCUACCAAAUAAAUAUUGUUAGUAAAUCCUUGCAAUCAGAAUCGGCCGACUUUUUAUUAGCAACAAGUUUAUUACAAAAAUGUUGUAAAUUUGUCAAAGACUACAGAAAUAAUGGUUAUGCAUCAGCUGUGAUUGUAGCAAAGGAGAUCGCCGAAAAAGCAGACAUUUCCCCAGUGUUUCAACAAACUCGAACCCGACGAAGAAGAAGAAUGUUCGACUAUGAAUCUCAAGAUGAAACUUCAACCAACCCAGAAGAAAAUUUUAAGAUCACCGUAUUCUAUACUUUGAUAGAUACAAUUGUAAAUUCUCUCGAUAUGCAUUUCGAACAAAUGUCGAAUUUUAAUUCAAUUUUGAGUUUUUUGUAUGAUUUAAAACGACCAAUUGAUAAGCCCGAAUUGAAGCAAUUUUGUUUAAAUUUAGAAAAUAUUUUGACCCACGAUUCCAGUAGUGACAUUUAUGAAGACCAAGGCCAACCUAAGGAUGUUCUGUCUGUCUUAAAGAACAAUAACGGGUGCGAGUUAUUUCCUAACACUUGGAUUACCCUCAGAAUACUGCUAACUAUUCCAGUAACUGUUGCCAAAGGUGAACGCAGUUUCAGUAAACUAAAAUUAAGAAAAACAUACUUAAGAUCAACAUUAGCUCAGGAGAAACUUUCGAAUUUGUCAAUGAGAAAAUGUCGAUCUCAACUUAAAACUGUAUUGUAA